AUGUUUGCACGACAGAGACAGAAGCAGAUCUUUGAGCAGAGGCAGCAAAGCGUAAAUGAUUCUGAGUGUGGAAUUGACGAAAACCCUCCAUUAAUUGCGACAAAAAUAUCGGAUGACACAAAAUGCAGAAAGUGUGAAGAACAAGAAACCGUUAUUGUCCUGAGAGGGAAAGAUGCCUAUUGCAAAUCCUGUUUCCUUGCUUCUGCCACGCACAAAUUUAGAGCAACUCUUGGAAAAUCGAAAAUUGUUCGCCCCAAUGAUAAUGUUCUUGUUGCUCAUUCAGGAAAAACGGGAUCAACCGCUCUUCUUCAUUUAAUUAGAGCUGGAAUGCACGAAUCUGUCCACAAGAAAUUGGUUUUCAAAACUACAGUACUUUAUAUUGAUGAAGGAAUUCUAGAAUCAAAAACACUUGUUCAACGAAAAGAAACUUUAGAGAGGAUAUCCGACCAAAUUGAACAACUAGGCUUCAGAGGAUUUGUCACCACAAUAAACGAAUCUCUCUCCGAAUCUGAGCCAAUAAUUUGGCCCAUGGACUCUCCCAUUUUGAAGGAAAAAGAACCCAUACAAAUUACAUUCAAAUCCAUCUCAAGCCAAACAGCAAAAGAGGAUCUUCUUCACAAAUUACGAAAUCGUCUUUUAAUCCACGCAGCUCGACAAUUAAAUUGCACUAAAAUAUUCACAGGAGACUCAGCUACCGACUUAUCGAUAGCGAUUUUGAGCAACUUUUCUAUGGGAAGAGGAGCCCAUCUUUCCCUUGAUGUCGGUUUCGCUGACACCAGAUAUUCAGACAUAAUGCUUCUGAGGCCAAUGCGAAACUUUACAAAUAAAGAAAUGGCCUACUAUCUUCGUUUCCACGAUCUCGAAGUUCCUCGAUCGGGUGGAACUUCAACCAAAGAAGAUGCGCACGUCUCAAUCCAAAAAUUAAUGGAGAAAUUCGUGACUGAUUUGGACUCUGAAUUCCAUGGGACUGUCUCGACAAUUUUCAAAACUGGCGAAAAACUGAGUUCGAUGAAUUCCGAGCAGAAAUUAGAAAGGGUUUGCGCUUUGUGUAAUGCUUCCUUGGAUACUAAAGUUUCCGAAGAAGUUUCUGCAAUUCAAACAACGGAUUAUUCGCAACUGGUUUCCACUUCUUCAGUAAUUGCAAAAGAGGAGGAAAUAGAGUCAAAAGUUGAAAAUAACUGUAAUGGGGAUUGUAGUUGUCAAAAGACUUGCGGGGAAAAAGGAGAGACAAGUGAUUUGGAAAUUUUGAGAAAAUGUUUGUGUUACGGGUGUAGAUUGAUUCUUUCUAGUUUUAAAGACGAGAAGGCGGUUCCUUCUUUCAUAUUAAGUGCUGCAAAGAGUGCGAUUUCUUUCGAGAAAAUGCAUGGAGAGAUUGCUGGUUUUUUAUUGUGAUGAUGGGAAAUAAAUAGUGAAAUCAAAUUAAGUUAUUCGUUAGCUUUUGGAACUGCGUUUAGGGCUUUUAAAAUUCUCUAGUGGAUUAUUAUGUCCGGAUAUUUGUAUAUUUUAAUUAUUGUUGAAUAAAAUGUCCUUAAU